UGUUCGAAACGUCUCGCAGUCUCACGUCGUCGAACUGGUUGAUAAUGUCUAUAUACAUAAUAAAGAUCUUGGCAAAAUAGAAACUGACAGAUUGCUAAAUUUCAUGUGCUUCCAGUAUUUUUUUAAACCUGCUUAAUAUUAAAAUCCUAUAUUUAAAAUGCAACAAAUAGACAAUGCCAGAAAUCACUUACCUGUGAAAAAUAAUACUGAACUGGAUAUCUGUUUUAAUGAAUUGAUGUCAGAAUGCAGAAAUGCAAGGCCCAGUGCGAUGUUAUCUUAUGGAUUACGGGCUAAACUUGAACGAUUGCCCAGAUCAAAGAGGAAAGAGGUAGUCAGCAGACUAAAAGAUGGAUGUGCUGCACUUUUUAUUACUUGCAAAAGGGGACAUUGUGAAAUUGCCGAAUACCUAUUGACUAAAUGCGGAGCUGAUAUUGAACAAAGGGGUCAAUACGAAGUACCUGAUGAAAGGUCGGUUCAUUGUGUUACACCUCUGUGGUGUGCUGCAGUUGUAGGUAAUUUACCUAUAAUACAAUUGUUAUUGAAACGUGGUGCAGAUAUCAAUGCAGUAUCUGAUAGUGGAUCGACUCCUGUAAGAAGUGCCUGUUUUAUGACCCACAUUGAAAUUGUUAAGUUUUUGGUUGAAAAUGGUGCAGAUAUAAAACGAGCAAAUUAUAAUGGUGGAACAUGCUUAAUUAACUCUGUCCAAUCAGAUGUUUUGUGUUCCUUUUUAUUGGAGAAUGGAGCUGAUGUGAAUGCAAGAGAUAUUCAAAACAAAACAGCACUUCAUUACGCCAUUCAGGAACAUAGAAUUGAAACGACAAAGUUGCUUUUAGAGCGUGGUGCAGAUGUAUUUGCAAUGAGUCGUUAUGGUGAUGAUGCAUUACAAACAGCAUGUAUUAAAGGAGCCCAUGAAAUAUUCACCUUACUUAAAUCAAAAUUUAACUAUUCACAAGAACGAAUAGCAAAUGCUCAUGAGUUGCUAGGUUCCACAUGCCUUGAUGAACAUAAUGAUACGGGUGUUGCAAUUUUUCAUUGGAGUAUAGCACAUCGAAUUCGCAAAGCUGGAGAUGAAUAUUUACCAAAAUUGCCGGUAAGAGCACCCCGUGAAGCUUUUGGCUAUAUGCAAGAGUUCACAACAGAUCAAGAAUUGGAAAAUAUUGCUACAGAUAUUGAUGCCAUGAGAAUUCAAAGCUUACUAAUUUGUGAAAGAAUUUUAGGGCCAUAUCAUAAAGACACCGUUUUUCGUCUUAUGUAUCGUGGGGCGUCUUAUGCGGAUGCUUUACGAUAUCAAAGGUGUAUAGACAUGUGGUUAGUGGCUUUGCAAUUACGAGUUGAGAAGGACAGCAUAUUAUAUUCUGAUACAUGUUUUUCUGCCCAAGCCAUUGUUAAGCUAAUGUUGGAUUUGAUAAAUCGAACAGAUUUUCAUGACUUUGGAAAUGGGCAAUUAAAAUUUUCGGAUAUCGUAGGCACAUUUACCUUAUUAACAGAAAAUAUAUUGGAAGCAAGAAAUCUACUGGAGAUCAGGCCAGUUCAUAAGAAGCAGCAAGAAAGUUUUGAUAGAAUGCUAAAAUGCAUUACUCAUUUAAUAUACUUACUACUAAUGACAGCAAGCAACAAUAGCGAGAAAGAACAGGUUAAUAUGUUAGUUCAUCAUUUAAUGCAACAUGAUAUUAGGAGUUCUUGUACUGGUGACUCUUUGUUACAUUUGUGCGUCUCUAGGCUCAAUGUUAUUAAAAGCAGCUAUUUUGCAGAAACAAACCAUAAUGUAAUUUUCAUAUUUCCUAAUCUGGAAGUUGCAAGAUUAUUGCUGAAUUGUGGGGCUAAUGUUAAUGCACGAAAUGAAUCUAAAUCAACUCCACUACAUAUUGCCUCAAUAACAUAUAAUUUUGAUGGAAAUUUAGUACAAAUGCUGCUUGAAAAUGGAGCACACGUGGACCAACCAAAUAAAGUUGGUGAAUGUCCCUUUGAAAUGAUACAAAAAAACUCAUCAAAUGUAAUUCCUCUUGUAAAUUAUUUAUCACUUAAAUGCUUGGCUUCCACAAUAGUAUGUAAGCACAAAAUAAAGUACAAAGGCCAGAUUCCUAAAACGCUAGAAGCAUUUGUUAAAUAUCAUGAAGCAUAGGAAUUAUGAAAAUUCUUAAAUGUGUCAUAACUAUUUUGUAUUUAACACAUUAUGUUACGACAGAAAUUGUCAAGUGGAACUUAAGAAGUAGUAGGUACUAUAUUAAUUGUAUUAUGAGCUCACUAUUUACUAAGUUUCCCUUGCAAGUAAAAGGCUGAUGUUAGUUUAAUGUAUCAUUGAAGAUAAU